AUGCCAAAGAAAUCACAAUGUAAAAAUAUAGGUUCAUGUGCAAUAUAUAGCAAUGAUGACCUUAGAGAAAAGUUUUGCAAACUAACAUCAAAUCUUUUGCUUAAAGCUAUGCAAAGUCCUAUUGCUCCAAAUUUAAAGUACAGUUCUGAUGAUAAUACUUUACUUAAACAUAGUGAAAAAAUAAUAGUUGAACAAUCAGAAAUAGAAAAUGGCAUUUAUAGAGAUAUAAUUAGAUUAAAACUUGGAAGUGAUGGCUAUAAUGUAGGUUAUAAACAAAACCAUAUAAUGAUGUCAUUUUGUCUUUUAAAUGAGGGUAAUUAA